CUCUCUCUCUGCAUCAGAGCAUCCCAGCUCAAGCAGGAGGAGGGCAAGAGGGAGGCUGGCACCAGAAGGGACCUUUCCCGCUCCUCCGGCAUCCCUCCAUCUCUCUCUCUCGCGCGCUCUCUCUCUCGCUCUCCUUCCACCUGCAGCAGAGAUGUCUGUGGCGGGGCUCAAGAAGCAGUUCCACAAAGCCACUCAGAAAGUGAGUGAGAAGGUAGGCGGAGCAGAAGGAACCAAGCUAGAUGAAGAUUUCAAAGAAAUGGAAAGGAAAGUGGAUGUCACCAGCAGGGCUGUGAUGGAAAUAAUGACCAGAACAAUAGAAUAUCUUCAACCUAAUCCAGCUUCCAGGGCGAAGCUCACCAUGCUCAACACCAUGUCCAAAAUCAGAGGGCAGGAAAAAGGACCAGGCUACCCUCAAGCUGAGGCUCUUCUAGCAGAGGCAAUGAUUAAGUUUGGAAAAGAACUUGGAGAUGAGUGCAACUUUGGCCCAGCUUUAGGGGAUGUUGGAGAAGCCAUGAGGGAGCUUUCUGAGGUCAAGGAUUCUUUGGACAUGGAUGUGAAACAGAAUUUUAUUGAUCCUCUUCAGAAUCUCCAUGACAAAGAUCUGAGGGAAAUACAGCACCACCUGAAAAAAUUGGAGGGAAGACGCCUUGAUUUUGAUUACAAGAAGAAAAGACAAGGCAAACUCCCAGAUGAUGAACUCCGUCAAGCUCUGGAGAAGUUUGAUGAGUCAAAGGAAAUUGCUGAAUCAAGCAUGUUUAAUCUGCUGGAGAUGGAUGUUGAACAAGUGAGCCAGCUUACUGCACUUGUACAAGCCCAGCUGGAAUAUCACAAACAAGCCACACAAAUACUUCAACAAGUUAGUUCCAGGUUGGAAGAGAGAAUAAAAGAUGCAUCGCUGCAGCCCAGGAGAGAAUAUCAGCCAAAGCCACGCAUGAGCUUGGAUUUCACCAGUGACAACCCUCAGCACAAUGGAGGAAUUAAUACCGCUACCACUCCAAAACCCUCAGGUGUUGCCAUGGACCAACCAUGCUGUCGAUCUCUGUAUGACUUUGAUCCAGAAAAUGAAGGGGAGCUUGGAUUCAAAGAGGGGGAUAUCAUCACCCUCACUAACCAGAUUGAUGAAAACUGGUAUGAAGGCAUGCUUCAUGGCCAGUCAGGCUUCUUCCCUAUCAAUUAUGUGGAAAUUCUUGUCCCUUUGCCUCGUUAGAAUGGCUGCGUGAGUCCGUAUGUCUUGAGUCCCUGUCUCCCCCACCAAAAACAACAAAUAAAGUCAUGUACCACUGCUUUUAAAACUACAGAAACAAAUCAAUACAAUGGCUGCUUGCUCCACAUCACAAGUACAAGCUGCAGUGGUGAACUUCGUCAUCAGGCCCCCACAGACAAUCUUUGGUUUUUGUGUCAUCAUACUACGUAGUGGUGAUGUGUGGUAUCUUCUCAAGGCAGUGGAGCCAGGCACAUAGGUGUGAUAUCACUGCCAUGGCUAAUACAGAUUUGUUUGCAGCCAUGGGGAGGGAAAGCAGUAAUGACCAGUGGUGUGUGAUGCAGUGACAAUGGGAAUUGUUGAGUCUUGGGAAAGAUAAAGCAUAUCACCACUGUAAUGUCAUUUUAGUUCUUGAUAGAAUGAGGGGGGAAUUAUCCUCAGUCAUUCCAUCUCUCCCUUCCAAUCGAAUGCAGUUUGCAAAGCCUAAUAAUAAUUGCUAACCUGCUUUUCGUAUCUUAUCUCAAAAAGACUCAAGUCCUGUCUUCGGAGAAAAAAAAAGACAACAUAUUCUCCAGUUUCUCUGCAAAUGAGCCACUGCUAUUCUGUACAUGCUGUUUGCAUAGAACUAGCUUUUAUGUAUUAGAUCAAAAAGAGGGGGGUCAGAAAGUAGGUUGGGAUCUACAGGAAGGCCUCUGAGUGAUUUGCAGUGGGUUGACCAGGAUUUCUGGCUUAGCAGGAGCAAAGAUGAAGUUCAUUUUAACACCUAUAUUAGGCCAUUGACAGAAAGAGAGCUGAAGGUAAGAAGAAGAGGACUUUUGUAUGAAAGGAUUGUGGACUCUGCUCAUUUCUGGUACUCUAAGGCUCAGAGAGCAUUCAGAAAUACCCUGGUUAUUUUCAUUUCUAAGGGUAUGCAUUUUGCACUGGGCUCUGGUUGGUGGACCUUCAGUUUCUAGAAUGAAACAAAGUAGACGAGACAGGGCUGGAAGUCUACCCUCCACUAGACUAGGGUCUUUUCAGUAUCCAGGUUACAUUUUAAAAGUAUCCACAGGCCAGGCAUACUAAGUAUAGGUCCACAGACCCAAUGUGGAUGCUCAGAAACUAUGAACAUAAAAACCAUUAUGCCAGCAGCAAAUAUACGAUACUAGAAGAAGACAAAUUAGAAAUGUAACUGUUUUCACUUUGUGUAAAGUCUAGGCACAAAACGCUUGUAAUUUUAAAACACCAAGAGCCCUUAUUCUACAUACUCACUAAAAAAGAAUAAUUAUGGAAAAGCAAAUUACACCGUCUAUGUUUAUUUUCAUGUACCUUGUGUUCUUUGAACAUCAUUUGUGUAUAUUCUGCCCUCAGUGAGGACUAAAUUUUAAAAAGAAAUCUUUGUGCUGAGCAAUUAAGGCAAUGUGUGGCUAUAUAUGCAAACAUAUUUGACUUAUUUUUCUCUCCAGAAUCUCCUAUAUAUAUUUUUUCCAUUCCACUUCUUGCAUUUUGUGUGUAUAGUGAUCCGUCUAGCCAAUUCACUGUUCUUUUUCGUAACUGCUGUAAGCGCUUGUUUAAUUUGAGUUACUCAGAGUUCCGUUUAUCUAUAGAUACCUGUACAGAUUUUUCCUGUGCUGCUUCAGAUGUGCCACUACAGUAUUGGACCAUGUGAAAUGAAGGCAAUCUUUUGGCUUUUAAUGUAUGAACUAUAUAAUUGAAAGCAUCGAUAUUUCAAAUAAAACGCUGACUGACUGGCCA